CUCUGAAUAUCGCAGCUCGUUCUUGCCGUACAAUCGGGUGCGCUGCCAAGUAGCAGAAAGGCAUUGCCGGUCCACCUUCGAACAACUUUUGUGCAACGGAUAAAAUAAUAAAUUUAAACAGUGUGUUGUCAUUCGGCUCGUUAGCGCGCGUGAUCAAUUACGUUACUACAAGUUAACUCCUCAAUAUAAACAUGAAGCCGUUCACUUUUGGAAUCGUUAUCGUUGCUGCCUUUUGCGUAGCCAAUGUCAUCGGUGCCGACGAGCCAGCGAAGGAUACUACUGAUGAAGACGGUGUCAAAAUCUACAAACGGUUGAUCCCUGCCGAUGUGCUGAGAGAUUUCCCUGGAAUGUGCUUCGCCUCGACCCGUUGUGCAACCAUCGAACCAGGAAAGUCGUGGGAUCUGGCUCCAUUCUGCGGUCGUUCCACUUGCGUUGUUUCCGAUAAUAAUCCAUCACAACUACUUGAAUUGGUCGAAGACUGUGGACCACUGCCAUUGGCCAACGACAAAUGUAAACUGGAUACCGAAAAGACUAACAAGACGGCUCCAUUCCCAUACUGCUGUCCUAAGUUUAGCUGCGAGCCAGGAGUAAAACUAGAAUAUCCAGAAAUUAAAGCACCAGAAGGAGCUCAAGAUGAGAAACAAAACUAAACACGUACUAGCCGUAACAUGCAGCGACAUGAAAACAUACAAAAAUAAAACCUCAAUCAUUUUCUAUAAAUGUACUUCCAUAUAUUGUGCAGAAGACACGUUUACUUGCAACAUCGUAAGGGUAAUCUAAAAGUGAGAGGAAAAGAAAGCGUAUUAUCGAGCAAGAUCACCGUACACCUAUUAGUCAAGUAUGUGAUAUUAGAAAUAUGUAUUUAUCAGGAAGCGUACUACUUUUUAAUACACUGAUUUUCGCUACCCUUUGGAUCCCAUUUAUAAAACUACGAAUUUAUAGUUGUUGAACAAAGAAAUUACAUAAAGUAUCUGUUUUUCCAUACCAUCAAAAAAUAAAAAAAUACUUAAUUUUUGUUUUCUCAGUUCAA